CGCAGAGAACCCCGAGCUCGGUUUCAGGGUGGAAAGAUGGGACCUAGCCUGCUCUGCUUCUCUCACGGAGCCCUGCUGUGCCGUGGGCCCCAGAUGCCUCCUGAGAAAAACACUGUGUGGCCCUGGGCAAGUGAUGCGGUGUCUCUGAGCCUCACCCGCCUCCUCGUCUGAAAUACGGCUGAGGACAGGUGCAGACAGUUACUGGGGAACAGCAGGAUGCUCAGAGGGGCCAGAAGAUGUCAUAAGGGAAGGAUGAGGUCAGGACUCACCUGCAGGACAAACUGGGCGGCCACCGGCUUGUGGUCACUGACUGUGUAUUCCAUGUGGCUGCAGUAGCUGUGCUGGGUCACUUGUAGCCGGUGGCUCUCCCGACCAGAGGGGCUGGGACCUCCACCUGGAGCUUUCACCUUCCAUAAGAUGCGAUCCGUCCAGGCUGGCUUCCGCUUCUUGGCACUGCAAUGGGUGCAGUAGCCUAGUUUCAGGGGUUGGGGUGUGAGGUCAAGGCACAGCCCCUCCUCCCCCUGCCUCCCCCUUGCCUCUGGCUCCUCUCCCUACAGUCUCCCUUUUCCAGAAUACUUCAACCCACAUCCCCACCCCAUCCCAGGCCUCACCUGGUAUCGUAUUUGUUGGUACCGACAUCAAACUUGAAGGUGGGUGCGAAGUUCAGCGGCCCCUCCUGGAAACCCUUCAAGGUGGGCCAGGUAUUCUUUGCCAUAUUGAGCUGUGGGAAUCCAGAAGUGGACAACAGCUUGGGUUUUCCAGAAUCCAGAGAUGAGAUGGGGCAGGAUGCCUUGUGCGCCGGGUCCCUGGAAUUGCUGGAGGCUCAGGAUGGUUUGAAAGUUGUCCUUGCGCUGCUCGGCUUGUCCAUGUGCGCGGGCAGGUGACAGUUCAGGAAGCAGAGCAUGUGCCCGAAGGUCGCCAGGCGCACGCUCACUCCGCCCUUGUUACCCUAAGGUGGCAGGACGGGACAGGUGACUGGCAGGUGGGAUACGUGGCAGGGCGGGACAGGUCACGGGCGGAAGAUCAUCCCUGGGCGGGAUGGACAGGGGUGCGUCCUAGGGAAAGUGCCUGAACCCUGGAUGGAAAGGGCGGGGAGAGGACGGGGCGUGGCCUGCGCCGGGGGGCGUGGCCGUGGGCGGUGCUUGGGGAGGGGCAGGCUGCAAGGGGUAAAGGGUGCAGUGUGCGUGCGGAGGGGACCUUGCAGGUGCAUGGGGGACCGCGGAACGUCUCAAGGGCCACCUGUGGGUCGCAUUCCCUCCCGGGGCGCUCCCACGCUCACCCAGUAGCCACCCAGGCCGGUGCGCGUGCAAUCGGUCUGCACGUCCCGCAGGAAGGGCAGGUGGUAGUACUUGGCGAACAGCAGAAGGAUAACGCCUUGCAUCCUCACUGUACUCACCUGCAAGGGCAGGUGACACGGUGCGGGGCGGGGACACAACACAUUUGCCUCUCCUGGCCCUUUCCUUUUAGGGGUGCUGGAACUUGAACUUGAACCUGGCGCGAUCCCUAGGCCACUGCACGACCCUCCCCCACAAGUCCACUUCCUCUGGUCCCUUAAGGUCUGCUCCUUCAUUCUCCUAUUUCACAGGCCACCAGUGAGACCCACUGUCCCCUCAUGGGGAGUCAGGGCAGAGCUGGGGCCAGGAAUCUGGCUCCAGCUUGUGGGAAGGGUGAGAGAGGUCAUUACCAGCACGAAAUUGAAGGGCCCCAGAGCGUCCAUGAAGAGCUCGCUCCACUGGUCGGUGAAGAGAGCAUCCUUGAGCCGUUUGUUGAUCAUGGAGUUCACUUCCUGCAACCUGGGGAGGGGGACGAGGCUGUCAUCAUAUUGGAAGGACAUCUGCCAUGGGUGAGGGUUCUGGAGGCCCCAGGGGCUUAGGAAGGGGUCCACCCGCCCUGCCUCUCACCCUAUGGCGAUCAUGUCUGCAUCGUCACUGUUAUCGCCACCUCCAAGGUGGAGGAGGGAUGUGACAUCGUCAGGGGGCAUGGCAGUCCCCACAUUCCAUGUAACCACAGUGAUCCUGGGAACAGAGGUACAGGAGGUAAAUCCCGGUGCUGGGUACCACUUCCUCACCCUCCCACAGAGCUCACUGAUAAACUGAGGCAGGGUGGGUGUAAGUCCUUAGGAAGAUGGGUGGUGGGCUCAACCUCCCACCUACCAGACUCCCUGAGGAGAUAGACUGAGGAAGGAGCCAGUUCCCUUCAUCAGUUACAAUUCAUCACCACCCCGGAAGAGCGGCUAGUCUCCAGGCUCAAACCCCAAUGACCGAGAGACCCUCACCGGAAUCCGGGGUCACUCUUGCAGAAGCCGGGGCUGAUGUCGUGAAUGCUAGAGCCAGGGUCUGCUCCUGAGAGGGUGACAGAACUGGACUGGACACUGGGGAAAGACUGGAGGGGGACUGGAGGGGAUGCUCCUGAGAGGCCAGAGCCAGACUCAGGCCUGAGGCUGCCAGCGCUGGCUUAGAUCCUAUGGAGGUCAUCUUCCUGUCACCACCAUGUGGGGGAUGGAAAUCUUGAUCGCAAUUGCAUCCAAACACGUGAAAUGUACAAACAAGGAUCUCCCAGGCUUCAGUUUCCCUGUCUUAGAAAGUUCUGACCCAGACACCUUGGUGUCCAUCUGCGUCCCGCCUGCACCCCCUGGUGGCGUGAGGUGACGCUGCCCGGUCACAUCCUGUGGGAGGAUUCACUCCCUCAGUCGGCAGGAGCAGGGACAUUUUGGGGACCCGGAAAGUAAAGGUGCGAGGAUCAGCGAGAAGCUGGGUCAGCACACGUGGAGCUGGCGGGAGGGGGGCGUGGCUUAUUGAGGGGCGUGGUCUUUGGUGGGCGUGGUCCGCGGCGGUGGGGCGGGGCUUCCGGCAGGGGCGGGGCCAGCCUGCGGGCCCAGACGUGGCGCAGCGGCCGGGGCGGUUUCGCCUCCAGCUUGCGGAUCAUCCUCUGCCGGGUACCGAUGAGCCUCCUGCUGCUGCCGCCGCCACUGCUGCUGCUUCUCGCAGCAAUUGUGGCUCCAGCCACUGCCGCCACCACCUACCGGCCUGACUGGAACCGACUUCAAGGCCUGGCCCGGGCUCGGGUGGAGACCUGUGGAGGAUGACAGCUAAACCGCCUGAAGGAGGUGAAGGCCUUCGUCACUCAGGACAUCCCACUCUACCACAACCUGGUGAUGAAACACCUCCCUGGGGCCGACCCCGAGCUCGUGCUGUUGGACCGGCGCUAUGAGGAACUGGAGCGCAUCCCGCUUAGCGCGAUGACCCGCGAUGAGAUCAACGCGCUGGUGCAGGAGCUCGGCUUCUACCGCAAGGUGGCGCCCGACGCGCGGGUGCCCCCCGAAUACCUGUGGGCGCCCGCCAAGCCCCCCGAGGCGGCUUCGGACCGCGCGGACCUGUAGAUCCGGAGCCUC